GCCGGCUGGUGAGGCGAUGGCUGCGCCGGGCCCGGGGGCUGGGGCAGCCUCGGGCGGCGCUAGCGGCGGCGGCGCGGGCGCGGGCUCGGGGUCCUCCGGGGCCGGCGGCCGGCUGCCCAGCCGGGUGCUGGAGUUGGUGUUCUCCUACCUUGAGCUGUCCGAGCUGCGGAGCUGCGCCCUGGUGUGCAAGCACUGGUACCGCUGCCUCCACGGAGACGAGAACAGCGAGGUGUGGCGGAGCCUGUGCGCCCGCAGCCUAGCAGAAGAGGCUCUGCGCACGGACAUCCUCUGCAACCUGCCCAGCUACAAGGCCAAGGUACGUGCUUUUCAACAUGCCUUCAGCACUAAUGACUGCUCCAGGAAUGUCUACAUCAAGAAGAAUGGCUUUACAUUACAUCGAAACCCCAUCGCUCAGAGCACCGAUGGUGCAAGGACCAAGAUUGGUUUCAGUGAGGGUCGCCACGCCUGGGAAGUAUGGUGGGAGGGCCCUUUGGGCACUGUGGCAGUGAUAGGGAUUGCUACGAAACGGGCUCCCAUGCAGUGCCAAGGUUAUGUGGCCUUGCUGGGGAGCGACGACCAGAGCUGGGGCUGGAAUCUCGUGGACAAUAACCUGCUACAUAAUGGGGAAGUCAAUGGCAGUUUCCCACAGUGCAACAACGCACCAAAAUACCAGAUAGGAGAGAGGAUCCGCGUCAUCCUGGACAUGGAGGAUAAGACUUUAGCUUUUGAGCGUGGGUAUGAGUUCCUGGGGGUGGCCUUUCGAGGACUUCCAAAGGCCUGCUUAUACCCAGCAGUCUCUGCGGUAUAUGGCAACACAGAAGUGACUUUGGUUUAUCUUGGAAAACCUUUGGAUGGAUGACAGUGGCUUUCUGGGAAGAAGGACAGUGGAGAAGAAAUCUACUUGUGGAAAGUAGAACCAUGAAAUGAUAGUAUCAUGUGUGCAUGCCCAGGAAACACCCUGAAAACACAUGAAGUUGAGAACUGGAGAAGCAACUCUACAGCAGAUAUGAUCGUAGUGUUUCCUCUUUCCACUGGGCCAGAAAAUCCUCAGGGUUGCAGUUGGUUGAGUGGGCAGUUGACAUAUGCAUGUUGCCAUGGUCUCUCUACGUUAGCAGUGUGUUACUUCCAGCUUAAAGAUGAGCGUGUAGAGAUGCUAUAGGAGGGAAUCACAAGAUUUUAUAUAGUGUUUUUGGAGAAGGCUGGGUUCCAUCUUACAACUGCCUGCUCUUUCUCCAGUCCCUUUAUUUCCAGCCAGCUUGACUUAGAAAGUAUGAAACUGGCUGGGUUUUAUUUAAUAUUUUUAAUAUAUUGAGAAGCAUGGUCUGCCUGGACUGCACUUCUCUAGCAAUGAGAAAUAAAAUUGUGCAGCUAUUUUAAAAGUUGUAUAUAUAAUGUGUGUAAAAACUGUAAAAAAAAAAAAAAAGGACAAAGGGAUUGCUUUGUUCUAGUUCAAUUUCUUAAAAAUCACUACAUGGUACAAAAUUAGAGUGACAUUUGGGGACAGUAGGGUAACACAAGAAGAGGAGACAUGUUGUGCUGGUUCAUUUGAUAAUGUUUUGGGCUUAUAGUCCAUGGCUAUAACAGAAUUAUGAUAAAGGUUCCUUAAUUGGCUAAAGACUAGGGAAACAGAUCUACUUAUAAUUACGCAUAUGCCAACAAGGUUGAUUCAGAUGUAAUAGGAAUGUUUGUCUCUUGGCAUCUGGCUAUAGUUUUGGCCUUCUGAGAAAACUGGUCUCCACACAGUACAGUCUCAGCUGCUCUUACAGUACUCAGUAUGAGCUCUGGUGUGAGCUCUGAUACUAUAAACCCUGGGAGAACACAUGGUCAGCGGUUCUUUUAUUUCUGAACUUUAUAAUACUGUAGAUGUUAUGAAGAAUUUUUGAUUUCAUAUUGUUUACAUUAUACAACAAUUGAAGCCUCAAAGUCUCCAUUGAGGCUGUCAACAAAAUGUUUACUCACCCAUCUGAAAUAGUGCCAGCUUGAACCAGGUUGAGAAUAUUCUUAAUCACCUAGGCAUUGCCCCCAUGGGACUUAAUGCUGAAAACUUCAGGUUGGCAACAAUUUGAAAGUUUCAUUGGAAAGAAUUGAACAUUACUUCCUAUUUUGACCCAUAAACCGUCUCACUAAUACUCUGGAAUUAAUAAUUCUACAUAUGAACUGAGGUUGUUGGUUUUUUUCCUUUGUUUUCCUUUUGUUAGAACAGAAACAUCUUUCUGUAUAAAAGUAUAAUUAAUAUGGUCCAGAUACAUAAGAAUUGAUGAAGGCAAGUAAAAUCUUUGUACUUUUUACAUGAUUGCUCUAUGUAUAUUUUGUUCUAAAUCUAAUAAAAUUAGGGACAG